CAAUGGGGUCGGUUUCCUGUGCGAGAUAUAUCGCGUGAUCAUGAAACGCAGAGCGGGAGCAUUUGUGUUUUUUCUUUCUGGAGAAGAGGACGAGGAGACAUGGAGGACUCCACAGAAGAUAACCUUACCACACGUUCUUUACUGAAGGGAAUACUGGCCACGGAGCUAGUUCGUACACAAGUGACGCGCAGGGCUAAACAAAGGUUGAGUCAGCGAUCAUCCACAUCUUAUGUCCAUCAAGAUGAGAGUUCAUCAUCCCCAUCUAUGAAUUUGCGUAGUAAAAUGCGAGCGAGAGCGAGACGUUCACUUGGAAAAUCGGCACUGGAAGUUUCAGUUCUUAAAAAAAAUGUGGCGACUAAUUCCAAUAGUAAGAAAAAGUCAGCAAAGAAAGGAUCUCAUCCUAUUAUGGAAGAUUUAGAUACCAUCACUCCAAGGACCUUGUUAAAAAAAAUUAUUCAAAAUGAGGAUGAAGUUUCGAUACUUGUUUCUCAGAGGUCACAAGCAGCUGCUGACGAUGAUAAACCACAGGAAGACUCUCCUACUGAAAGAUUAAGCAGUUUGGGCAGUGUCAAUCUGAGUCUGCCGGAUCUGCAAGACACCGAACAUGUUACAGUGUUUAAAACAUCCAGAAAGAAGAGGAAAAUGAGGGUUUCCGAAUUUGAGAGAGAAGUUGACGAAAGACUGCCUAAAAACAAAGACAAGCAGAACAUUUCAAAUGAUCCACAUGAUAAUUUUGAUGUCCCAUCUUUAUUUGUGAGCUCCUACACAAUAUCAGGGUCAACAGACAAUAAACUGGAUAUUUCAGCUGCACCAGAAUCUACUUUCAAGAGAGGCUUACUGCGCAGGCCCAACAAAGUAUGCUUGGUGUCGUUAGAUGACUUCGAGCAAGGAGUAGAAGACAAAUACCAGCAAUUAAAAGGCUCCCAGGAAUGCUUCAUUGAACCUCCUGAAGGGGACAAAUCGGAUGCAAGUGAAAUGGCUCUGCUGAACACCGUGCUGUACGCUCAGUCUUUACGUAAAGAGGCAAAUGUCUCAAAGUCUGACAGAGGACAAAAAGGAAAGAGGAAACACGUUUCAUCCUAUGAGGAGAUAAAAGAAGCAAAUGAACUUUUGGAGCCCGAAACUAAAAAUCGAAAUGCAAAUGUUCACCCUAUACUUAAGGCACAGACUCCAAAAGAUAAGGCUAAUGAUGGCUUUAGAGGAGUCCGUGGUGAAGUUAUUGAUGACGCUGAUAAAGGAGAAGCUAAUGAAGAUGGUGAAGAAGUUGAAGCUGGUGGUGACGGUGAUGAAGAAGCUAGUGGUGAAGAAGUUGAAGCUGGUGGUGAUAUUGGUGAAGAAGAUGAAGCUAGUGGUGAAGAAGUUGAAGCUGGUGGUGAUAUUGGUGAAGAAGUUGAAGCUAGUGGUGAAGAAGAUGAAGCUAGUAGUGAAGAAGUUGAAGCUGGUGGUGAUAUUGGUGAAGAAGUUGAAGCUGGUGGUGAUAUUGGUGAAGAAGUUGAAGCUAGUGGUGAAGAAGAUGAAGCUAGUAGUGAAGAAGUUGAAGCUGGUGGUGAUAUUGGUAAAGAUGAUGAAGCUAGUGGUGAAGAAGUUGAAGCUAGUGGUGAAGAAGAUGAAGCUAGUAGUGACAGUGGUGAAGAAGAUGAAGCUAGUGGUGACAGUGGUGAAGUUGAAGCUGGUGGUGACAUUGGUGAAGAAGUGGAAGAUGGUGGUGAAGAAGUUGAAGCUGGUGGUGAAGAAGAUGAAGCUAGUAGUGACAGUGGUGAAGAAGAUGUAGCUGCUGGUGACAGUGGUGAAGAUGAAGCUGGUGAAGAUCUCAACGAUGUUCAAAGUAGCAUGCGACAAAAUAAAUCCAGCCUGUUUAACCCUACUAGAAAGUCAGCAGGUGUCAAUGAAUAUUCUCACCGCAUGCAACAGACAAGGCUUGAUGAAGAAAAUGGCAUGCAAACAGCAGAAUCUAUUUAUGUGCAUACAGUAUCCAGACCAGAGGAAACUUCUGAACCUUUAGAAAGCAGUGGUGGUGAAAACUUGGAUGUUGCCAUAAACCGUGGAAUGGCCAAGAAGAAAGAAACUAACAAGCUGAUGCUAUCAGAAUUGCCAGAGACGCCAGCUUAUAUUAAGUUAGCUCGCUUUGUAAGCACAACUAAACCUGCUGUUAGCAAGAAGAUCCAAAGGAAAAGAAGCCCAAAGGCUAAGAAAACGGGAGCAGUGUUCUCCAGCAGCCAAAUAAAGCAGAUAUUUACUCAUCACUCUCAAGUGCGAGUCUCUAAGGACGCUUUGGAAGAUGUGGAAAAAUGUUUAGAUCUGUAUGUGAACCAGCUUGCCGUUGAUCUGUCUACAUACACCGCUCAUGCCAACAGGAAAACAGUAACACGUGCUGACAUGGAGCUUCUCAUGAAAAGGCAACGUUUGGUGACCGAUGUCACUUCUCUCAAUGUUCUCAUUGAAAAACAUUUACCGUUGGAAUGCAGGGCACUCCUAAUUCCAUGUGCAAUGAGUGGAAACAAGGUGUUUCCAAAAAUGUGACCUCCUCCGCCUAAAAUAUGGUAUUCUUAUAAUAUAUUGUAAAUAGUAAUGUCUGAUGUAAAAUUUUAAAGACCUUUUGUAUGUAAUAAAAUAUCUGAGUUGUGCCCCUUUCUGUUACUGUGAUUAUGUUUGAUGCUUUCCUUUAAAAAAAAAAAAAAAAUGGAUUUCCACUUUAGACAGUUAAUUUUAUGCUAUGGAUCCUCCAAUGAGAAGUUGGGUUUUACAUUACAUAACAGGAGAAAGGAUUCUCAAUAUUCAAGCAGAUUCCUCCUCUCUGACCUGUAGAGUACUUCUUAGCAAUGGGAGACAGUGUGUUCCUAUUUUGUGAUUUUUCACCUCUCCUAUAUACACUUUGUGACAGUAUCAUAAAUGUGACAUUCUGAAGUAACGAUGACUGUGCUUGUCACUGUGUCACCAGCAAUUAUUAAUAUCUUUAAAAGAUAACACAAGCGUCCUAUUAUUUUUUUACCUU